ACAAAUUUAUUUUAUCAGAUUUAUACCAAAGUUAUUUUAAUCACUUUGGUCCUGACAAUCUCACAAAUGAACAUGACAGCGCUUGGAAGCAGCACAGUGGACGAGGAAUGCCCGCCACUAGAAAAUGCCACAACCUUGCAGCCCUCACAGUUAAUAACUCGUCUGACACAUGUCUGUCGAUAUGAUCGUCUAGAAAGACCUAUUGAAUAUGAUCUAGUCACCAAAGAGCGUUAUCCCACCCGGGUCAAUGCCCGUAUAUACAUAUACUAUAUGCAGAAUCUCAACUCGGAUUUAUUACAAUUCAAAAUGCAUGCACUGCUGCAGCUAAGUUUCCUCGACAAACGGUUGGCCUUCUCCAAUUAUGCCCCCACGCGCAAGGAUAACAUUUUGGGCCAGAAACAAAUGAGCGAACGUUUGUGGUUGCCACACAUUUUCUUUGCCAAUGAACGUGAAUCGAAUAUCUUGGGUACCGACGAAAAAGAUGUUCUUGUCUCCAUAUCUCCUCAGGGUCAGGUGAUAUUCUCAACACGACUGCAGGCCACACUCUAUUGUUGGAUGAAUUUCAAAAAAUUCCCAUUCGAUGAGCAAUCGUGUUCGACAGUUCUUGAAAGCUGGAUGUACAAUACAACGGAACUGAUAUUGCAUUGGGAAGAUAAAACACCGAUAUCAUUCGAUCCCGAUAUGCGCCUAACCGAAUACAACAUGCAGCGUUAUUGGUACAACGAGACGGUAGUCAAUUCGAAUGACAUCCACUUACGUCAUGGGGCUUUCUAUGGCAACUACAGUUCCCUGAGUUUUACCGUCCACCUGAAUCGUGAAAUUGGUUUUUAUUUAAUGGAUUACUUUUUACCCUCAAUGAUGAUUGUGGCCAUAUCCUGGGUAUCAUUUUGGUUGCAGGCCGAUGCAUCGCCACCACGUAUUAUGUUGGGUACCAGUACCAUGUUAUCAUUCAUCACUCUGUCAUCCUCACAAAGUAAAACCCUGCCCAAAGUCAGUUACAUAAAAGUAUCUGAAGUUUGGUUUUUGGGUUGUACUUUCUUCAUUUUCGGCAGUUUGGUGGAAUUUGCCUUUGUCAAUACGAUUUGGAGGCGUAAGGAAAAUAUCGAAUUGAAAAAAGUCAACAGUAAAUAUAUUAUCAAAUCGACACUGACACCCAGGCCGGCACGCCGUGAAAUUGGGUUGAAUAAUCAAUCGAGGACACGUUCAUGUUCCAGUUUGGAUAAUAUUGUGUCGAGUACGGAAAGUGUUAUGAACGGGAAUGUUAAUCCGGGUUUCAAUAAUUAUUUGACAGUGCAUAAUUUACCCAUAAUAACAACCCAAUCGGCGGAUACCGUUUCCAUUGCCAGCAAUCCGAAUAGCACCGGCCAUGUCAUCAACAUGGACGACAACAAUAAGGAUAACAAGACUGGUGAAAAUACCACCUUUACCACCAUGACACCACAAGAAAUUGCCAUGUGGAUAGAUCGACGAUCCCGAUUCCUAUUUCCCCUAACGUUCCUUGGUUUCAAUUGCCUAUAUUGGACCUUUGUUUAUUGUUUCUAG